AAAAAAUCUGUUUUAAACUUUUUUUUGGUAGCAAUUCUUGUAACAAUGUGGAUCAUAUUUUUGAAACAGGAAUCGACAAGUUUUAAGGAAGUUCCGGUUGUAAUUAUGUCGUCGGAGAACGUACUCACUCGAAUCGACAGAUGUCUUGAAGAAGGAGCGGAGGACUUUUUACUUAAACCGGUGAAACUCGCCGACGUGAAACGUCUAAGGAGUUACUUGACGAGAGAUGUUAAAGUCUCCGGCGACGGAAACAAACGGAAGCCGAGUACUCCUCCUCCGCCGUCCCCGUCGCCACCACCACUCUCAUGCACCACCUCGAUGGAGUCUUCGGACUCAAUUGUUGUGGAUGAUGAUUCAUUGACAUUGUCGUCGGAGUCGUCGACGUCGCCAAUGGAUUCGCCAAUGAGACGGCUGGAGAUGAAGAGUCCCGGUUUAGAUUAGUAUGAUCUCCGUUUAACUUCUUUUCUUUUUUUAUUUUGCUUUUGACGGUUUUAUUGACUGCAACGUUAAGUUUGACGCCGUCAGUUUAAAGAUCUCGCUUAUAUCGGUUUGCACGUGGGGGUGUUUCUUUUUACUCACAAAGGAACACUUUUGUUGAAUUUCUUGUAUUUAAUUUACAUAUAUAUUAAUACUGUAUUUUUGAUAAUUUAUAAAUUAAAAUAUUGUUCUUUAAUCGGAUGAUAAUGUGUGACAACCU